CGUUUCAAACAGAAUCAGGGAGGUGAUAUAUACACAUACAAAUAGAGAGAGAGUAGAGAGAGAGAGUUUGAGAGCGUCAUCUCCAACAAUGGCGAAAGAUUUGAGCGACGAGCAAAAAUCAUCGAUGAAAGAGGCCUUCACGCUCUUCGACACCGACGGAGACGGCAAGAUCGCGCCGUCGGAGCUGGGCAUUCUGAUGAGGUCACUCGGAGGCAACCCUACCCAAUCCCAGCUCAAGUCCAUCGUCGCCGAGGAGAACCUGACCUCGCCGUUCGAUUUCCCUCGGUUUCUGAGCCUCAUGUCCAAGCACCUCAAGCCCGAGCCCUUCGAUCGCCAGCUUCGCGACGCCUUCAAGGUCUUGGACAAGGACGGGACUGGGUACGUCGUCGUUUCGGAUCUCAGGCACAUUCUCACCAGCAUUGGGGAGAAAUUGGAGGCGGCCGAGUUCGACGAGUGGAUCCGGGAGGUUGAGGUUGGAUCCGAUGGGAAGAUCCGGUACGAGGACUUCAUUGCUAGGAUGGUUGCCAAAUGAUGAACAUUGGGUAAUAUGGAAGUGGAGCUCGUAUAUUCAUCUGAAAUGAACGAAGGAGCCUAUAUUUUUCUCCAGCUCAGUAUUUCAUCGGCACUCUGGAAUUUCAUUUUGCUUUGCCAUCUAAUUGUUAUUUUGUGUAUUUUUCAGUUUUAUUUCGGUGCUGUCAAUUAACAAUUUCUGCUUCCAAUAUUUGAAAGGGAUCCUUUUUAUAUUGUUUUCUAAAAUUUGCAAACCGUAUAGAAGUAUUCUGGAUACCUUCUGUUUCUUGUUC